CGCCCGGGCAGCCCGGCCCCUGUCCCCGCCCCGCGCGAGCUGGCGCCGCGGCCGGUUCCGGGUCCUGUGACGAUCAGGCGGCGGCGGCGGCGCGGGCGUGGCGCGGAGGGCAGCCGGGGCCUGGCGGCGGGACGGGGGCGGAGGGGGCGGAGGAGCCGGAGUGCCCCCGAGCGCACCCGCCGCAGCCCCGAGCGCACCCACCGGGCCCCUGAGCGCACCCACCGCAGCCCCGAGCGCACCCACCGCGGCCCCGAGCGCACCCACCGCGGCCCCGAGCGCACCCACCGCGGCCCCGAGCCUACCCCCCGUAUCCCCGAGCGCACCCACCGGGCCCCUGAGCGCACCCACCGCAGCCCCGAGCGCAACCCCCGCGGCCCGGAGCGCACCCACCGCAGCCCCGAGCGCAACCCCCGCGGCCCCGAGCGCACCCACCGCAGCCCCGAGCGCAACCCCCGCGGCCCGGAGCGCACCCACCGCAGCCCCGAGCGCAACCCCCGCGGCCCCGAGCGCACCCACCGCAGCCCCGAGCGCAACCCCCGCGGCCCGGAGCGCACCCCCUGCGGCCCCGAGCGCACCCCCCACGGCCCCGAGCGCACCCACCGAGGCCCCGAGCGCACCCACCGCGGCCGGCCGGCUCCAGCGAAGCGUGCGCGGCGCGCAUGGCGGGCGGGGGAGCGCAGGACCCGGGGCGGGAGGCUGCGGCGGCCGCGGUGCCCAAGACCCGCGAGCACCUGUUCAAAGUGCUGGUCAUUGGCGAGCUCGGCGUGGGCAAGACCAGCAUCAUCAAGCGCUACGUGCACCAGCUCUUCUCCCAGCACUACCGCGCCACCAUCGGGGUGGACUUCGCGCUCAAGGUGCUGAGCUGGGACAGCAGGACCCUGGUGCGCCUGCAGCUGUGGGACAUCGCGGGACAGGAACGGUUUGGCAACAUGACGCGUGUCUACUACAGAGAAGCUGUCGGUGCUUUUGUAGUAUUCGACAUAUCAAGAGGUUCUACAUUUGAGGCAGUCUUAAAAUGGAAAAGUGAUCUGGAUAGUAAAGUCCACCUUCCAAACGGCAGCCCCAUACCUGCUGUCCUCUUAGCGAACAAAUGUGACCAGAAAAGAGACAGUGACCAGAAUCCUCCGCAGAUGGACCAGUUCUGCAAAGAGCACGGCUUCACUGGAUGGUUUGAAACUUCUGCAAAGGAUAACAUAAACAUUGAUGAAGCAGCCCGGUUCCUAGUGGAGAAUAUUCUGGCAAACCAUCAAGCCUUUCCUAAUGAAAAUGAGGAGGACAAAAUCAAACUGGAUAAGCCCUUGCCAGCCAAGAGCAAAUCCCAGUGUUGCUAGCGUGAUGGCUACUCUUCUACCAUGGCUAUUGUGGUCUGAGUCAUUUCAGAGGGUGUCCCUGAGAAUGAGUUAACAGUGCGAGUGGCACUGCCUUGGGAGUCCUCCUGGACUGCGCUUUGAAAUAAAUAACAGCCAUCGCCUCUGGGAGCCUGCACUGAAGUGGGACUUGGAAAGCAGUCCUGCUCGUGUGUCUCUCUCUGCCUUAAUACCUGAGCACUUAGUCUCUUGUUAUUGUUGCCAGUUGAUUUGAGGAUAAUGUUUACAUCCUUUUGAGCAACUUUUGCAAUGAGAGUUCCUCAGGAACUUCCACGGUAUAUCUGUUUCAUAUAUGCACUUGGGCAGACAGGAAUAAAACUUUACCUGCAGAUAUUA